UUUCAAGUGAUUAAUUUUCCAUUGGCAUACUUGCAAAAGAUUUGUUAAGCUUCACCCCGGGGGAAAUGCUUUCUCAUUAAUGAACACUUACGUGUGAAAUGAACAUUGUCUGUUAUACUCAAGUCCCAACAUGCCGCUGGACAGUUACUAUAAUAACAUAGACAAAACUGCUGCUAACAGACUAUACUGAUGACAGAAAUCUAAAAUGAAUAAUUUAGUGAAAAGAACAUUGAGGUACAGGUGAUUGGAGAGCACAAAGCUGUAACAGUUAGAAAUACUGACCGUUCAACAGUAAAUAAUGUGAAAACAAGUUACACAUAAUGCAGAUCUGUAAGUGGUUAUAAACAUGCAGUGAGCAAUUAAAAUGUAGAGAUUUUAUUUGAGGUCACUUUCUCUACUUUCUCUUUUGCUGGAUCUCAUUCUCUAUUUUUCUUUCUGACAAAAUCCCAAUUGACAUCAUGCGCACUAUGUAGGUUGCACAACUGUCAUAUGUUACAGCCUACGUAUGUGGUGAACAGAAUGAGGAAAGCAUUUCUGAUUUGUCCCAAUUGUUUGUUUUAAAAUAUAUUUGUGUACAAAAAUGCUGAAAUUAUGCCAGUCCACCACUACUAAGAUCAGCAGUGAUAUCGGCCAGCCAGGCAUCUACACAGACAUGAUUGGCUAUGUUUGGCAGGAAUGGCCGAAGCCCUGCGAUGGAUUGGCGCCCUGCACCAUGUGUUUCCAGUGGAUGUGCCCCAGGAUGAUCAAGGAUGGGAUUCUGGAGAGUUUGACAGCGAGGAGGACUAUGAGAAUCCAAACUCAGACGAUGAUGAUGAUGGCAGUAAUAAUAUGCCAGAUUAUGAAGCAGCAGAUGAUGGAGGAGGAGAGAGUGAUAAUGACUACGAGCCUCCACCAAGUGAACCACCUGAAGACCUUCACCAUCACCAGAUCUGUCCUGCCAAGCCCAUGAGCAACAGUGACUACAUCGACCGGUCUUCAGUCAAAACCAGCCAACCACCAAUGCCUCCUGCACGACCUGGGCCUGGUUCUGGUCCUCCACCUCCAGCUCCAGGACGCCCAAGUAUUGGUGGCACAUUUCCAAAGCAAGAACAGUCCACUCUAAGGCCUCCUACUCCUGAUCGCAGUAAAAAGCCAGGUGGAAAUGCCAGUGCCCCAAACGAAAGGAUUGCCUCAAUGCCAAGAAGUGGUAGAAAUGUUGGACUGGAGAAGGUUCCAGAGCCUUCAAGAAUGCUUAAACCUCCACCUCUGACAGGAGUGCGCAGGAGUGCUUCCUCUGUCACCCCCAGUCCCUCGCAUAACAGACCUGAUCCCAGAAAUGAGCCUCAACAGAUUUUUGAUGACCAUGCCAGACCAAGCUUGUCCAACACUUUUCCACAUACCAAUCACGCCAGAAAUCCAUCACCAAGACCAGGUCCACAUGGGCACAGUGGUCAAACUGAAAGUGUUAGUAAAACUGCGUCUUUGCCCAUAAAACUGCCGAAUACAGCAAUAACCAGCCAGAGGGCCAGCUCAAGAAUGCCACCACAUCCAAUGAGACCCUCUGAGGUGGAACUGAGCCAGGAUCAGGAUAUGGACUCUUCUUGGUAUGUGGGACAGGUUACUCGAGGUCAGGCUGAGAGCAAUCUGAGACAGGUGAACAGGGAUGGUGCAUUUUUAGUACGAGACAGCUCAAAGGGCUCAGAGACCCAGCCGUACACACUCAUGGUGCUCUACCAGGACAAGGUGUUCAACAUUCAGAUCCGCAAAAAGGAAAAUGGCUUUCAGCUUGGAACUGGUCUUAAAUCUUGUGAGGACUUUUCAAGGGUCAGUGACAUCAUCAAGCAACACACCCAGAUGCCCUUGCUGUUGAUCGAUGCUAAGAACCGUGGCUCAUGUCAGCAGAACCAGUGUGCUUUGACUUACCCUGCUGGGUUUUAACCAUCUACCACAGUCACUGCACCUAGCAUAAAACAAUAGAAAAAACAAAAAGCCUCUGUUUACAUCUGCUUACAUACAGCUGAACUCAAAGGUUUACAUACAUUUGUGGAACAAAAACAUGAAGAACAUGGCUGUCUUAAUAAUGUAGGUCUGUUCUGAAUAUGUGCUGGGUCAAAAUUACAUGCAUCAAAUUUGAUUGUUUAUUUAGCGAUGUAAAAAUCCUUUAAUGGUAUUUAACUAAGGGACAUCGCCCUUCUAAUUAGGGAUUAUGAUAGCAUUAGACUUCUCUGUUCCCAUGUAAAUAGGGUUAGUUUGACUACACCCAUUAAAAAGUAAAUGGAACAGUGGUUUCUUUGCUAGAGUCAAGAAAAAAACCUAAUCUGUCAUCCUAUGCUGAAGAAAAUGUAUAUGGAUGGUAGGAUGUCACAAAAAACAGGUUUAAAUUAUGUUACAGUGUCUACAGUUAAGCAAGCUUUAAAUAGCCAUGGACUUCUAAACUCUCGCACAAGAAAGACAUGAUCAUGAGCUUUAACUGUACAAAAAUAAUCCACUUCACCCACAACAAACUUCAUAAAUGAAAAUGGACAAAGAAGUAUUUGUUUUAUAUCACUGUUAAAGAAAUCACUGAACAUGCCAUGACAUACAGUACAUGUUUUCUACAAGUGUAUAUAAACUUUGCAUGUAUGGAGUCAUAAACAAAUCUGGUUUAUAUUCUCAUAUAUUAAUUAGGUUUUAAAGGUAAAUAUUAAAGGUUUGUACAUAUAGAUGGAUUGUUUUGUUUCCAAUUCUAUUUUAUUAUAAUAACUGAAUAUUUAAUUUCUUUUGUUAUAGAACCCUUUUUAAAAUCUAAAAUAAUUUUCAAAGCAGCUAAAUAAAAUUCAUUUUAGGCAUUUUGGCAUUACAGAGAAUGACUUGGAAAAUGUUUUAAUUGUAUAUUCAAAAAAGAAAAAAAGACUUUCUGUGCAAAACGGCUUUUAAAACAUUAUUAUUAUAUUUAUUAUUAUUAUUAUUAUUAUUAUUAUUAUUAUUACUAACAACAUUUUGCCUGAACUACUGAUAUGCAUAAUGUGGUACGACCUCUAAAGUAAGUUUUUGUUUGUUUUCUUUAAAGAGCAGUAUUUUGAGCUAUAAAGAUAACUUUAAGUGACAUUUACGGUACAGUGACAUUAAGGUCAGCAACACUUUUACAAUUUCUUUAAAAAUGUUUUAAAUGGCAGUGAGGCUUGUUUACUAUUUCAGGUGGUUUGACCUCCAAAAUAUUGAAAAAAAGGUAGAAAACUUGAGCAUGUGAAUAGAAUCAUAUAAAAUUAUAAACACAACAUUUUAUGCAGUGCAGCAAGUACGGAUACAAGUUUUAGGUUUUUUAGUAGUUGUAUAUAUUUUUAAAAUAAGUAUAAAAUGAGUAUUAUUCAUGUGUAGUUGCACAGCUUGACAUUUUCUGAAUGGCAAAACUGAUUAUCUUGUUCUAAAAAAUUGCCUUUUUGAAAGCUAAAUAAAACAAUCAAUAAAUUGAUU